AUGUCGAAUAGCGCAUCGAUAACACAGUGUACAAGAUGUGGAAGUAUUUCAUUCUAUAAUGAUGACCAAGGAAAUAAAAAUUGUUCAGAAUGUCAUAUGAGAUUUGAGGGUUUCUUAGCUCAAACUACAGAGACGGUGGCAGCUGUCAUUGGUGCACAGGUAGUUAGAGUCAAAAAGACGUUGAAUUCGGCAACCGAGAUCGUAAAGAUCAUCGAGAAGGACAAUCGAUAUCAUAUUCUACAGUUGUUGCUUCGUGAGCAAGUCUCGGUGUUGAUCAAACACUACAAGUUUAAUAGGCAGCUCUAUCAGAUCGUUGGUGAUCUAUGGCAUUCCUACUUACUAUCGAUACGUCAGGUAAUGGAGAAAGUAGAUGAUUUAAAAGAACAAAAACAAGAUGAUAACAAUCAAGCAGCAGCAGCAGCAACAACUACAAAUAAUACAGAUGAAGAUGAAGAUGUUCAAAUCGAUAUUGCAGCGAUAAGAGAGAAACCAUCGCCAAUUCUCACGCUCUCUAUUAUCUAUCUUGCAUUGUCGUGGCUGAAAGAACCAGUAACACCGAGUGACUUGCUAAACAUGUUACAAGAGGGUCAUCUCAUGUCAACGAUACCACAGAUUACAUGGGAUACUAAUCCUGCUAAAUGGUGUAACUUUAUUAAAAUACAAAACACUGCAUAUGACUUGUCAAAGUAUUUAAACUUCACUCCUAGAACUAAUAUGAAGUUAUUAAUGGUUAGAUUUUGUACAGAAUUAGAAUUACCAAAGUUUAUAUUACAGUUAUCAUAUCAGCUGAUACAGGUUUUAGAGAUACCUUAUGUCAUUGCACAGAAUCAUAAAGAUAAAGAUAAAAAGUGGCAAUACUAUUUAGAUAUACAUCAUUGUCGUGUCGAACUCUCACACUACACAGAGUAUCUCGAUGGUCUCGUCGAAAAGGAGAUGGAUACACUCAACUCUGAGAUGGUCGACGAUAUCUUUAAUAACAGCUACCUCGAAUUCCCCGUGCCAACGAGCGACCAAGAGAUUCAAGAAGACAUAAAGUUUCAAUUUGAAAAAUGGAUGUAUCAUCGUAUAAGUAUUAUACAAGGCUCUGAUUCUUUACCAAAGAGUAAUCUAUGGGAUGUUAAAGAUGCAACGAAACUACCAAAGACAAUCAACAGGAAUGCACCGAAAUACUAUUUACAUGAGUUUGUAAAUGAAAGAUACAAGAGUUAUUUAAAACAGUUUAGAAAGUACGAUAAUCAAAACAGUGACGAUGAAGAUGAACAACACAACGACAACAACAACAACAUAUACUCUCAUUCAGACGAAACAAGUGAAUCGAUGUUAUCAUACAAUUUCGAAUCAUUCUUUAAACAACCUACCAACGACUUUCUUAGUUAUAACAACGAUAACGAGUUAGAUUACCGACCAUGCAAUAAGUACUCUUCGUACAAAGGUUCAAAGAAAACAGAUUAUUUCGCUGAUAUGAAAGAAUGUUUGAAACGUAUAAAGAUCAAUAAGCAUAUUGUCGUCAAGGUGUUUGAUGAAUCGAUAAAAAGGAAUGACGUUCAACUUUUGAACUAUCUCUAUUUGUUUGUCAAGGAGAAAUCAUCGGCACUGCUGGAAGUGGUAAUGGUAAAUAGAAUAGUGUUGGUCGCCAUCACUAGCAACAGUCUGGAGUGUCUUGUCUAUUUGGAUCAGUACAGAGAUCGAUACAAUUGGGACUAUCUGAGUGUACUUGCAAUCGUACCGGAAUUUGGUGAUUUAAAUAUGCUCAUAUGGAUGUGGAAAUUGGCAGAGGCUGACCCUCUCGACAACAAAUACAUACAGAAAGCCGUGCAAUACGGUAGACUAGAUAUGGUGCAAUGGAUACUUUCAAACACCAAAACGAGAGGAGACCAACUCUUGAAUAUUGCCGUCAGUCUUGGACAUAUGCAUAUCAUCCGAUGGCUGCAAGAGAACAUCGAAAACUCAAGCUGGCAGAACGAACAGCUGAAAACCGAAUCCGUUGAAAUAAUGCUCAGAGUGAGUGGAAAGAAUUGCAAUGAAUUGUUGGAGUUGAUACAAUGGAUUCAUCUCAACCAUUCACAUGCAUUCAGUCAGGAGGUAAUGAAUGAAAGUGCUGCCAAAGGUCAUUUAGCGCUAGUCGAAUGGCUGCAUGUCAAUCGUGGAGAGGGUUUCACAGCAGCUGCCAUGGACAAAGCCGCUACUGACGGGCAUCUUGAAGUCGUACAGUGGCUGCACGCCAAUCGAACAGAAGGGUGCUCAAUCGCGGCAAUGAACAGAGCUGCUUCCAACGGGCACGUCAAUGUCGUGCGUUGGCUCCACGCCAAUCGAACUGAAGGGUGCUCAACUCUGGCAAUGCUAUAUGCCGCUCAGAAUGGCUCACUGGAGACCGUUCAAUUUCUUCAGGAGAAUAGAACCGAGCGUACAACGCUUGCGAUGAGAUCAGCGCUGGAACGAGGACAUCUCGAGGUUGCCAAAUAUCUUCAACAACAUAAUCAUGUUUCUUACCAACGAUGUGACAUAGCAUUACUUUUAGCUGUCAUUAAUUUUCAACCAUUUGAGAUCACACAAUGGCUUGUGACCAACCGACAUCACGACCUCUUUGAUCUCCUUGAUCAAGCUAUAGAAUAUGCCAAACAUUUGAAUAAAACCGAAAUAUUUAAUUGGUUAUCAGAAUAUCAGAAGCAGCAUCAACAACUACAACAACCAGAUACUGAAAAUAAUCAGCAGCAGCAGCAACAACAACAAUAA